CCGAGAAAACACAAAGUCUACGUUACACCUCCAUUCAUUUGAUCUCCAUGCCAAUCGCUACAGCUCCACAACGAAAACGAACAGGCAUCGCCGCACUCUUUCCCGUUCGGAAACCAUCCGUGCCUGUUGUUAGGAGAGCGGGAAGCUUAAGCGUGCGAGCCAAUGACGACGGGGAAGAACGAGAUCCAGAUGUCUUCAAUCGACGACAGAAGCUUCAGUUGUUGAGGAAUCAGUCGAGUAGUCAAGUAGAUGAGGACGACCUAGAAAUCCUCGAAUACGAUCUCGCACCCCUCCCCCUUCCCCAGGAAAUAUCCGACGUCCUCGCCGGGUUAUCGUAUCUCCUCACCCACCGCUACCCCCCCUUUGAUCCCUCGCGUCUAUCCCGAGGAGUAGUGGCGAGCACGCUCAACAUGCGACGCUGCAUGCCAGACGUCGUCCCUGUCGCGAGUAUCCGGGCACUGUUGAAGGAUGGAACGAUGGUUGAGAGGGAGGUUAGUCGCUUGGCCGCGGAGGGGCGGGUUAGGGUGUUGGAGAUGAGGGCGCUGGGACAGGGUGAGCUUGGUGUUUGCGAAGCACCAUACUAUCUCCAACAAGUAAAGACACGCGCGGAGGAGCUGGAGGAGGAGGCGGCGCGGACGGGGAAGGAGGAGACAAUGGCGGCCGUCGACGCACUCCGCGCAUUUGCGGAAAUUCUGAAAAUGAAUCCAACCGGAUUCCCGACCGCGAAUUUCCCUGUUAAUGGACGGCUAGAGGAAGGACAGCUGAGGCAUUUAAUCACACAAGGCUUCCUCGCUCUCGCACCACACUCCACCCCCGGCGCCGGCCACCUCCCCCUCUCCACCUCCACUCCUUACACAUUCUCUCACCCCUACCUCGGACUCCUCAUUCGUCAUUCGCUGCUGGGACGGCAACACAUCAUUCGCUCGAUAACACGAAAUAAAGCCAAGACGAAGGCGGGGGUGGUGUUGGAGAGUAUGUUGAAGGAGAAGGUGGGGAAGGAGUGUGGGUUUGGGGUGGGGUGGGGUGGGUGUUGUGGGAGUGUGUUGGAGGGGGGUGGGUGGAGGUUGUGCGGACGCCUGUCGGGCGGGGGUUUAGGUUGGGAGGGAGGAGGGAGUGAUUGGAAUAGAGAACGAGAUGUCCAUUGA